UUCUCUGUAAUUUUAAAUAAAUUCAUCAAUAUUUAUACUUUAAUUUUCAAAAUACUUUAUUCUUUCUAUUGGGUUUCGAAUGAACGAAGGUCCGACUCCAGUAUCCAUCUUUCCCCAAUCUCUUUUUGGCGGAGCUGCUUCACUAUUGGACUCAGAAUGAAGUUGAAGGUAGUUUGGAGGAAAGUAUCAGAUUAUGUUCGAUAUGAUCUGAAAGAGAUUGCUUUUCCUUCAUCUUUACCGGACCCUCCUCACUUCAAAAAACGCAGGAAACUAUCUUUGAAGGAGCGCUAUCUUGUGCUUAAGGAAGCGUCUAGGCUUUAUGCUGCAAGCUGGGUGAGGGACAUUGGUCCUGAACUUCGACCCAAUGAUUACAAAAAGAAGCGUGAGAUUGAAGGCGAGUUGGAUGGUAAUGGAAAAGAGAAGGAACCCUCAACAUUGGAGGAUUUAGCUGUGGCUGCAAGAGGUGGAAUGGAGACACUACGACCAGCACUGCAACGAGUUUACAUGACAAGAGCUUCUGCAUAUAAAGAUGCACUCAAAAGUUUCAUACAAGGAUAUCAAGAAGGUAUCCAACAAACAAUGGAGAAAACUGAAGACUCGAAAUCUUCCAAAGACACUGAUGCAUCCAAUUCCAAAGGACUAACUUGAAAUUCUAAUGACAAUUUGUGAGUUUAUCUUUUGCAAUACCAACUGCAAGAACUUGUUCAAUGUCCUCCCUCGUUUCUUUCGAGUAAUCACUUUAAGGAGUAUCUAUUUCUCAUUUUUGCACAUUACUAGAAUGCAGAUGAUAUACAUGAACAAUACUUGAGUGUGCUAUCAGCUUCUGGGCACUGCUUUAAUUUUGCUCUCUUUCCAUUCA